CCCUCUAACACGACCUUUCGACAGAGCCAUCAUGUCGACCAAGGCUACCAGUGGCCAAGAUACGGAGCAGGCAUCAUCGCUCACCAACGAAGUUGUCUUAGCAAUGGCCAAUGAGUUGAAGCGGCUGCGACAGCAACUGAACGAGCGCGACAAGGAUAAGCCAGAGGGCGACCGCGUAGCUGAGACGCGAGACCUUCAAAAGGAGAAUGAACGGAUUCAACGCGAAUUGACUGUCAAAAGUUCGCAUGGACUCUCAGAGCAGACACAUGCGUCGACGUACGACUCACUUCGGCAUCAGCUUGACGAGGUGCUGCAGGCACGAGAUGAAGAAUUGAAUUUACAUGCAGAAGUAGUGAGAGGUAUGAAGGCAGAGAUAGCCACUUUGAGGAAUCACUAUGAAGAGUUCAAGGCGUCUCUCAAGGUCGGCCAUGGGCUCACCGGGAAUGAACGUCACGACCCAGGAGUACUUCCGGCUGUAUCAAAUGCUGAAACCGUUAACGAGACGAAGUUCAGCCCGUAUAACUUCCUCGAGCUUCAGGAUGGUCGCGGGGGUCACGGGAGUGAGCGACCGCCUCUCUGCAUCUAUGACAGCCCUCCCGGCUUGAACCUCUGGGCAGCCGUGCGCAAGGAGCUCUCGGACCCAUCUGUCCUUGAUGGAAUUCUGCACGUAAACCCGGACAGCAUCAUCUGGCAUCAUGAUGGAGACAAACGCUGUCUGUUGCUGUAUGCAUCGCAGCGCUUUAGCUUGUGCGACAAGGGUGCAUGGAAGUCCGAGGGAUGUAUACUGACCCUUGGAAGAGGCGACACGCGAGAGCUGGUCUGCAAAUCAGAGAAGGCUUGGUCAUAUUGCGGCCAAUAUAACUGCGUUGACGUUUCCGAUAUAUCCGAGGAGGAUUUGCGCUCUCUUCAUCCGCGGCAUACUCUUAUGAAUGCGAUCGCGCAGCGAACGACAUCCUCGAGCACCAAAGGUGGGCAACCAACACAUGUUGGGAAGCUGGUGCGAGAGAUGUACCGCAGCGGGGCCCUCACCGUCCGAUGCUAUGGUAUGGAAUUGCUUAAGCGAGAUGAGGCCCUCGACAACGCAUUGGAGAAAUGUGCGAUCCGCCGCGCCGACAAGAAGCGUACCUCGGACGAUGGAGAGGAAGGUUCUCGCAAGAAGCAGAAAUCAUUGUGACUUGAACGGCUGUCGUGCGCGGGCAUUGUGGAGACACAUGUCCAUACCUUUCUACAAUGGGAUACCGUCUUACCUCGUUCAAGGCACGUUGUCAGAGAUCAGUGUGGAGUAUGGA